AUGUUAGUGGAUGAUUUCAAUCUAGAAAAUGAACUAGAUGAGUAUGAUAUACAGAAGUUAAGUGCUGAACAAGCCAAUGAUAUUGAAGGUCUUUUAACUUAUAGUGAACUACAUGAAACAUUAAAAAAUAUGAAAAGAGAUAAAAGUCCUGGAUGUGAUGGUUUUACGUCCGAGUUUUUCAAAGUUGAACGUGACUGCAGACAAGGAGACCCAAUUCCACCUUAUAUCUUUAUUUUGUGUGCAGAAAUUUUAGCUAUCAAAAUACGACAAAAUAAGGAUAUUAAGGGAAUACAGAUCGAAGGUGAAGAAUAUAAGAUUUCUCAGUUUGCUGACGAUACUUCUAUAUUACUAGAUGGAACUGGCAGGUACUUGGAGAGUGCCACAGAUCAAGAUUUGAAACACCUGGACAGAUGUUUGUUACACGAAGCCUUUGUGCUCAGAAUUGAUAUAAACAAGUGUGACAUGAAGAAAGUUCCAAAUGGAGCACUCACAAAUAUUCCACAUUUGCUGUCAAUACAUUUUGCAAACAACACAAUCUCAGAGUUAGAAGAAAAUGCCUUUCAAGGUCUGAACGAGGUGACAAUAAUUUAUCUUGAUGGCAAUGAAUUGAUCUCCCUCUCGCCAGAUGCUUUUAUGAAUAUACGAACAAUUGACGUUUUGUCUAUGGACAACAACGAUCUUCAAGACAUUCCGUAUAGAGCCUUUAGAAAAUCACCAAUAAAAUACUGGCAUGUUGCCAACAACAGAAUAACAGAGAUAUCAUCUCAGAUCGAGAAAUUUCCAUAUCUCGCGAGUCUCGAUAUCAGGAACAACAACUUGAGAACUACAAGCAAAAAGUUAUCAAGAUUACAUUACCUAAGAGAAUUACAUAUUAGCGGCAACAAUCUGACAACAUUACCAGGUGCAUUAUCAAACGUUCUGAAAAGAAGAAAUUUCAAUACGCAUUUAGGAAAUAAUCCAUGGCAUUGCGAUUGUGGGAUCUUCUGGCUGAUAACGAUUGUCAAAGAAGGAUUUGUUAAAGAAGAACUGUUUUGCACAACGCCACAAAAUAUCAGCAUGGACAAGGUCGAUACCAGUGGUUUUGAUUGUAAAGUAGAUACAGGCAGUGUAGGUUAG